GCACUACUGUAUAGCCAUCGUCCUAGACGCGACAUGUCUAACCGUGUCGCGACGAUAUUAUAUAGUAUUAACACCUAGUGGUGUCCAUGCCAGUCCAGUCACUAUUUCACUUUAAGAGAUCGAAAGAUCUAGAACAAACACGAACAUUUAUAUCAGUAUAGUCAUUAUUUCACUUUAAGAGAUCAAAAGAUCUAGAACAAACACGAACAUUUAUAUCAGUAUAGAGUGUAUUUAUUAUAUUUAAAACCAUAAUCAAUCACAUUUUAUAAAUCACAUUCAUACAUCAUAAUCUCAUCUAUAACCCACCAGUUAGUCUAAGUCGUGUCUAAUCGUGCCAACUCUUUAGACCCUUUUUGUAGGACUCUUACAUCAAUCCUUUCAACCGUGGCUCUAACUCUUCUCGAAAAACAACUUCCUCCUUAUUUUUAGGAAGAGUACAUCAUUUAGUGGGAAAUGUAGCUCCUCCUGUUUUUUACGUGGUGAGGAGAAUCGGAGAGAAGCCUCCUUUUGGGCUCCUAGCUUCUAUUUCUAGGAGCAAUUUCUUCCUAUUUUUACGAAUUUUUACGGAUAAACCAGCAGAGGAGUCCUGUUUGGUAGAUUUUUCAAAUGAGCCGUUUAAAGCCAUUGAGGGGGUGUUUGGUUUGUCCCUGUUAAAAUUUAGCCCCUAUCACAUCGAAUGUUUGAACCUCCGUUCGGGGUAUUAAAUAUAGUCGGAUUAUAAAACUAAUUUCUCAGCCGAAGAUUAAAAAAUGAGACGAAUCUAGUACAGUUGGUUGGGUCUAUAUUUCAUACUCCUAUUUGAAAGUCAAACGCUUGAUGUGACCCGGGCUAAACUUUAGUCCACAGAACCAAACACCCCCUGAAAGAGCCUAACCAGAAGGCCUUAAUCGUGUCGGUCUCAUGCCAAACCACCGUGCCAGAUUGGAGGACCAGGCACAUCACUGGACUCAUAUUGUAUCAGCACAGACACUAUCUGUCUGAUUGGUUACCCGUGUCGUCUCAUCCUGAGCCACCACAUGUGUUAACUUUAUUUGACGACAUAUGUGUGUAUGGGCGGAUGUAAAACAAACCAUUUUACCUGCACCACACGUACACCCAAACCAGACAUAUCUAACCGACCAAGCUCACGCAAGACUACCCACGCAUGCAUACUCAUCCAUUAAAACUGUAUAUGAUUAUCAUGCCACAUCGAAGUAUUAUAGAUUGUGUCAUACUUAGAUCUAUUUAUUUUACUCCUAAAUUAUACAAGCUAGAUUAUGGUAAAAAGGUAAAAGAUAGAAUCAUAAAUAAGCUGAAAUAAGCUAUCAAAUAAUAGUUUAUUUUAACUUAUUUAUGGUUUUAAAGUAAUAUUUUACCCUCUUAACUUUUCAGCAUAAUUCAACUUAUAUAAUCUAUUAAUAAAAUAAACGUCUUAUAUAAUCUAUUAAUAAAAUAAACGCACCGUUACACGGCCUGUUCAUACGUGCUGCAGUGCUGCCAAGUUGCUGUUGACCGACUUUGUUCUUCUGGAGUCUGGACUUCUGUAACGUUGUCGCCCGACCUGACCCCACGCGACCACUCUGCCCGGAAGGCGUUCGUCCAUUUGCCCGAGUCCGAGAGCGGCUGGCUGCUACUUUGCCAGGAGCCUUCCUGGGAGAUGCCAUCCAGUCGCGAGCAAAGAACUCGCGGCCACUCUACGAGCUUUCCGUUCGACGGCUCUCUUCACAGCUCAAGAUCUCUGCUUUCGUUUCGCCCCGUUCCCAGAACAAGUCAACUCCCCCCUUCUUGGUUCACGGCACCUCGUCGUCGUCCAUGGAUUGGUUGAGCAGCAUGCUGGGGGACCGCCCGCUGAAGAGCGUCUUCACGGCGCUCGGUCUCCCGGAUAAGAUUGGCGGCGCGGUAAUCGACGCUCUCUGCUACCGGGGCGUCCGCCUGUGGAACGUCGAGGAGGAGGCCGACAAGCUGCGGCGCACCAAGGAACGCAUCCGCGCCGUGCUCGAGGACGCCGAGCAACGCCGCUUCAUCGACCACGACUCUGUCAGGCUCUGGCUCCGGGAGCUUAGGGCCGUCGCCUUCGACGUCGACGCCCUGCUCGACCGCCUGGGAACCAUCACGGCCGUGUCCAGGCUAGCGGCCGCCGAGCAAUCACGGAAGCGGAAGCGGCUAUGGCCCAGCGUCGAGCUCGGCCCGCGGCAGCGGUGGGAGCUGGAUGAGAAGAUCGCGAAGAUCAACGAACGCCUCGACGAGAUCAACACGGGCAGGAAAUGGUAUAGGUUGCAGGCCGGGGACGGGACGAGGGCAGCGUCUCAGCCGACGCAGCGCCCACGGUUCCUUGAAUCUGCCGCGCAUCGCGACGAGAGGCCCAUUGGCCGCAACGAAGAGAAGGAGCAGAUUGUCCGUGCUCUGGUUUCGGAUAGCGCAGAUAUGGCGGUGAUUUCCAUAUGGGGAACGACAGGCAUCGGGAAGACAGCACUGGCACAAUCGGUUUACAAAGAUCCUGAGGUACAAAACUUCUUCACCGACAAGAUCUGGGUUUGGUUAUCAGAUAGGUGUGAUAUCAGAAAGGCCACCAAAAUGAUCAUCGAAGCGGCGACCAAUCAAAAAUGUGAGCUUCUAAGCUUGGACAUAUUGCAGCAACGGCUGCACGACCACCUACAUAAAAAGCAGUUCUUGCUGGUGAUUGAUAACCUUUGGGCAGAGAGCUUUCAGUUCUGGGAGUUUCUGAGGCCCUCAUUGACUGGUGGAGCGGAAGGAAGCAAGGUUCUGAUCACUACUCAGCAUGAAAAGGUGUCUAGGAUGAUUUCCACCAAUCUAAACAUCCAUUUAAAGGGCUUGGAAGAUGAAGAAUGCUGGCAAAUCCUCAAACUCUAUGCGUUCUCGGGGUGGGGCAGCAGAGAUCAGCAUGAUCUGGAACCCAUUGGGCGGAGCAUUGCCUCAAACUGCCAGGGCUCCCCGUUAGCUGCUAAAUCUCUUGGGUUACUACUGUCCGACACUCAUGGAGACAAAGAACAGUGGGAAAACAUACUAGGUGAAAUGCAGAUUCUCGGAGAUGGCGAAAACACAAACAGCAUAUUACCAAGUUUGCAGAUAAGUUACCAGCACUUGUCAUAUCAUCUCAAACAAUGUUUUGCCUUCUGUUCAAUACUUCCUCCUGGUGUUGAGUUUGAGAAGGAUGAGCUCGUCAGACUCUGGAUAGCUGAUGGUCUUGUUAAGAGUAACGGAAGGGAAAGGGUUGAGAUGGAAGCAGGACGAUGCUUUGAUGAGCUCCUAUGGAGAUCAUUCUUUGAAACAUCCCGCAGCUUCCCUGAUCAAAAGUUUAGAGUGCCAAGUUUGAUGCUUGAGCUAGCACAACUUGUUUCUAAACACGAAUCUCUGACUCUCAGACCUGAGGAUUCACCGGUAGUCGACCAUCCCGAGUGGAUACGUUAUACAACUAUACUGUGCCCGAAAGAUGAGCCUCUUGCAUUCGACAAGAUCUAUCGCUAUGAAAAUUCGAGGCUCUUGAAAUUAUGCCCCGCAAUGAAACUACCUUUGAACCAGGUACCAACAACACUUUUCUCGAAGUUAACUUGUCUGCGUGCACUAGACCUGAGUUACACUGAGCUAGACCUCCUGCCAGAUUCCGUUGGGUCCUGCAUACACCUCAGAUACCUCAACCUUCGGAAUACUCUGAUAAAGACUCUUCCAGAAACGGUCUGCGGCCUAUUCAAUUUGCAGACACUUGACCUCAGGGACUGCUACUGGCUCACGGAUCUGCCUGCAGGCAUGAGCCGCUUAGUUAACCUGCGUCACCUUAGCUUGCAUAUCGAUUGGGAUAGAGUCACUGCUCUUAGAUCGAUGCCGAGUGGCAUAGACCGGCUACAGUCACUUCAAACUCUUUCCAGGUUCGUUGUGGUCUCCAGGGAUGGGGGCAGGUGCAACAUCAACGAGCUGAGGAACUUGAAGAUCCGCGGAGAGCUUUGCAUUCUUAAUCUGGAAGCUGCCACCAGCGACGGUGCCACGGAGGCCAAUCUGCGCGGGAAGGAGUACCUGCGCGAACUGAUGCUGAAGUGGAGCGAGGACGCCUGCAAGGACGAACAACAGCAGCAGCAGCAGCAGGGCAUAGAGAACAGCGAGGCGGUAAUCGAGGCACUCUGUCCGCACACCGGCCUCAAGCGUCUGCGCGUCGAGAAUUACCCCGGAAGACGGUUUCCUCCGUGCUUCGAGAACAUCCCGUCCCUGGAAUCUCUGGAGAUUGUCUCCUGCCCCAGGCUCACUCAGUUCUCCGUGCGGAUGAUGCGGUCUCUCAGGAAUCUGAGGAUACGCCAGUGUGCUGAUCUUGCGGUUCUUCCCGGAGGCCUGUGCGGCCUAGAAUCCCUUCGUUGUCUGGAAACCGUCGGCGCUCCGAAUCUGAGAAUAGGCGCAGUGGACAUACUGCCGAGGAACGUAUCACGACUGGCUGUGAGUGGGUGCGACGCGCUAGAGAGAUGGUGCCUGGAAGAAGGCGCUGAGAGGGUGCAGCAGAUUCCUGAUGUAAGGAUGCGGUUGAAAAACUGAUGCGCUGGAGCUGUAAAGUUGGGUGCUUGUGAUUUUGCCCUAGGCUCUUUGAUGCGGUCUGUCUGGAUCCAAUUCUUUUGCCGGCCGAGCUACGUUCCUGGUUUAGCGUCGACUGUUGCGGUUUUCUGAUCCGUUGACGUGUGGGGUAGUAUAUCUGAACGUGUUUGACUGGCUAUUGGAACAACAUUUAACUCACAAUUUGAGAUUCAUUUACUCGGCCAUUUGAUCAUGUAUUCUCUUUUUUU